UGGGUGAACUAGUGACUAGCUAGUCUAGUGGAUUAUUUAUUAAUUCAGUCGUAGAAGAAAGGAAAAUUAAUGUCUUUCAAUCAUUACAGCUCAUAGAUUAUUUACACUUUAUCUAAAAUUAAGUAAUAAUUAAAUUAUGGAGUUUGAUUGGAGUGUUUUUAUGAAAGAAAAUAAAAGUAUUGCUGUCCCUGAAGAGUUAUUUUCUCACGUUGAAGCCAGUCUCAACAAUGGAAUCAAACAGGGCAUGCUCCUCGAAGUGUGCCACAAGAGCAACCCCGACGUUUACUGGAUAGCGGAGAUCACAUUAGUCUGCGGCCACCUCCUCUGCAUCAAGUUCGUUGGUGCCGAGAAUGUGUUCUGGUGUGACAUAUCCACCACCAAAGUCCAUCCUCUGGGCUGGUGUGGCAAGUAUGACGAGCUGGUGGAACCACCUGAUGAUAUCAGCGAGAAAUGCGGAGAGACGAUCAUAGAUAUCAUGAAGAAGGCCCUCCUAGUUGGAGAGUCUGUGUCUAUUGAGGCUCUGAAGAAUAAGGGCUUGUCGCCUAUAGAUAGAAUCAAAGUUGGCAUGAAGGUCGAGAUUCAGAAUAUUAUUGACCCUUACAGAUAUUGGAUUGGGACCGUUCGUAAGAACUACGGUGGUCGCCUGCUGGUGUCGUACGACGGCGCUGACGACGAUCAGCCGCCCUUCUGGAUGUUCUUCUGUAACCCCAGACUCAGUAGUUUCGGCUACGUCACUAAUAAGGGUUCCCCGUGGCAGUUCAAGUACCCGGCUAAGGUGAACAAGUUCUCGUGCAAGAACAAGCUGAGCGCGCAGCUGCGGCAGAGCGCGGAGGAAGCCAUCACAGAGCCCACGCCGCCGGAUCUAUUUCAGUCUAUCCAAACUCAGGAAGCCCACAGCUUUUCCACUGGAAUGAAGUUAGAGGCACUCAACCCUCAAGAUAUGAGAACUGUUAGACCUGCCACAGUACUUAAAAUAUUCAACAACCUCCAAUUUCUAGUUGUCAUUGAUGAUCACGUAGACGACUACGAGGACAGCAAAAUGGCCUGGUUAUGUGACAACAUGCACCCAUACAUCUACCCUAUAGGCUGGGCCCAGAAGAACAAAUUUAAUUUCAAAGCGCCCAAGUCAUGGAAGGACGGACCUUUCGAUUGGGACGAGUACCUCAAGUUGACUAAUUCGUCCCCUGCACCAGAGUACUGCUUUGGUAACAAAGAACAACUCAAGGGUAUAGAAGUGAACAUGAAAUUGGAAGCGGUGAAUCCAUUCCAUCACGAUGAAAUCCAUGUUGCAUCAAUAGAAGCGAUCGCUGAACACAUGUUAUAUGUGGAACUGCUUCCUAUUGGAGAGAAGUACUGGUAUUCCCAAGACAGUGAUCUCCUUUUCCCAGUAGGAUGGUGUGACAGCAACAACUAUGAUCUACAUAUCCCUGACACCAACCCCAAAGAACGGGAGAAGGUUGGAGAGAAACCCAAAGAAGAUAAAAAGCCAGCGGAGGAAUGGUGUGAUAGAAUAUUUUUUAAUUACAAGUGUUACGCGGGCCCUUCUAUUAGUAGGAACAAGUUGUCUCAAUUACCCAAGGCGGUAGGACCUGGGCCGUUAUGUUUGGUGCUAAAGGAGGUGUUGAAUAAGAUAAUAUCGGCGUCGUAUAAACCGGCGAAACUGUUGAAGGACUGGGAGACGGAGGGUCCGCCAGAGGAGGGAAUGAGAUUGGAAAUGUUGAGGGCAAAACUAAAGUCUAGCACGUACCACGCGUACGUGCCGAUCGCGACGGGGACGUCACAGGUGGGCGCGUUCUGCCGCAGUGUGUGCGCACGCCUGCAAGCCUGCCCCAGCCUGUUCGGGCCACAGCCGUACCCAGACCGCUGCCCGCACAGCUGUAACACUGUCGACAAGAGUACUUUCCACAAUGGUACUGAACGUCGGGGAAGACCAAAAGGAAGCGUGAAUGGCAAGAGAAAAAAGAAGAAAACUGCUCCGGAAAAAAAGGAGAAGGAACCACCGGCUCCAGAAAACGAGAAUCAGAGAGAUGCUGAGUCCGUAGCCAGCGAUCAUAGCGGGUCCACCCCUCCUUCAGAACAGGGAACCAGACCCAAUAGCCCCGAAAGCGGGACAGACUAUAAAAAAUCUACUAGAAGGAGAAGGGACGCAAAAAGCAACUAUCCCAAAUUGGAAAUGAAAACUCGAGGUGCGAAACUCCCGAACUUUGCAGUACAAAUGAAGGAGGCGCAUUGGAAUAAGAAAGACGUAGAGACAAUCUACAGUAAUACAUGUGCCACAAAGAAACAAAAUCACGACAGUGAUACGGAAAACGAAACAAACGAAAGCAGUACAAACUCUAGGGAUGCCAAAAAUAUAUCAGACGUCUCCGAUUCGGAAGAACCCGAAUUGAAGAAACUCAAAUUUAGCUUAGACGAUCCUCUUCCAUCGGACAAUAAAAUGUUCGAAAAGAAUGCCUCUAUAACGUGGAUCAAGGGGAAAAUUAAUCUCGCGCCGAACCCUCUAGAUUGGACCGUCGAUGACGUGUACAAUUAUUUGAAAAACACCGAGGACUGUAAACUCAUAGCCGAGAAAAUGAAACAAGAGGAAAUCGACGGACAGGCGCUAAUCAUGCUAGAUCUGCCGAUCAUACGCAACUUCUUGCAUAUGAAAAAGGAGUUCGCGAUGCAACUGUGCAAACACAUAACGAAAAUAAGGUGGUACUACAUAAUUAACUUCGAAGAGAACAGCGGAUUGUUAUAGUUGAUGUUACUGUUUAUCUAGUCUCAAAUAAAUUACCAAAAGAAU